AUGGAUCCAGAGCAACUCAAGAAAGAUUGCAACUUGGUCCUCGAUGUCAUUAAAGAUUAUUGGAAGGACCUUUUGAAUAAAUCGUUCCCCGUUCUUCCUGAUUUUCAAACAAUCACUCCAGGCUAUCUUCAAGACGUACUACCAAACGAGGCACCUGAAGAAGGAGAAAAUAUUGCAUUGAUUUUGGAUGAUUACAAAAAAUAUAUAUUACCUGGAGUCUUGCAUUGGCAACAUCCGGAUUUUCACGGGUACUUCCCAACGGCAUGCUCAACUCCAUCAAUUCUUGGUGACUUACUUGCUGACUCUGUUGGCGCGCUUAGUUUUAGCUGGCUUGCAUGUCCAAGUGCCACAGAACUGGAGGUCAUUGUUCUUAACUGGCUAGCAAAAGCGCUCGGGCUUCCAAAGAAAUUCGUUUAUCAUUCGGGUCAAAAUGAAACCGGUUGCCGUGGAGGUGGGAUAAUUGAGUGUAGCGCCAGUGUUGCGUCUCUCAAUAUCGCUAUAGCACUUCGAAACCGUGCAGCAAAGCAAAACUAUCAAACUACGGCUGUCACUGAAGAAGAUUUGCAGUAUGGACGGGGUCCGGGGGCCAUAGCAGACCGUUCGGUUGUGUAUCUAUCGGACCAGGUGAACAGCUCAGUGCUUCGGGCGGUGGAGUUGGCACUACUUCAGCCACGGGUAAUCAAAUCGAAGCUUAUCGGUCACAGAUUAGUCAUGAAAGUCGAAGAUAUCCAAGAUGCCAUCGAGGUGGAUCGUGAAAAAGGAUUCAUUCCUCUGUUUUGUAUCGCAACCCUUGGUACCACAAACACAUGUGAGUUUGAUGAUCUGGAAGAAAUUGGACCUCUGUGCCAAAAGGAAAAUAUUUGGCUGCACGUUGACGCAGCCUACGCAGGUUCCGCGCUUCUCUGCACAGAAUUCCGCCACUUAUUCCGCGGUUUAGAAGUAAGCCAUAUGGUUUUUCUACACUACUACUUAUAUUACCACCAAGCAACCGAUUAA